CUGCCACUUGGAUCCGAUCAUCAAAACAAAACUCCAUAGCUAUCUUCUGUCUCCACCCUGAAAACGUUGUUACAAACAAACAUUCAUUUGACUCCUCUGUCCUUUUUUCCUCUUUAAAUCUCUCCCUAACGUCAAUUUUUCCUCUCAGAGCUUCCACCUUAAGGUUUAAACUUGGUAUACUUUGUUGCAAUUCACAUGUUCCAAACUCCAAUGGUGCCUGUUACUUGAGAAUUUUACCUAUUGUGACGUGAUUCAGAAUGUGGAACUUUGCAUCAAGUUGCAUUUCUGGAAGUGUAGGUCUGAAAAAUGAUUGUCUAAAGCCAACUCACUCCGCUUCAGAAUGCUCUGACGAUGAGACUUCUAUGACGACCAGGGAGGAAGGGCUAGAAUGCCCAAUAUGCUGGGAAUCUUUUAACAUUGUUGAAAACGUUCCUUACUUUUUAUGGUGUGGCCACACCCUCUGUAAAAAUUGCAUCCUGGGACUGCAAUGGGCUAUGGUGAAAUUCCCAACUCUUCCAAUUCAGCUUCCACUUUUUAUCUCCUGCCCCUGGUGCAACAUUUUAUCUUUCCGUUUAGUUCAUCAGGGAAAUUUGAAAUUCCCUCGCAAGAACUAUUUUCUUCUUUGGAUGGUUGAGAGCAUGAAUGGUGACAGAGCAACGCCACAUUCAACUCGCUGUGGGGAUGAUCAACCAGUCUGGCCUGGUAAAGAGAAUUCAACUAUGGGAAGCCAACUAAGCCUUGGAAACCCUCGGAGAAGACAAGUUCAUCAUCCAGAGUUGUCAAAUUCCAACCAAUUUAACGGCAAUACCGGUAAUCACCUCAGAAUGGAAAGACUGCAUACUUCUCUGCGGAAGUCACUGGUUUUGUUUGUUCACUUGACAGCAAAGUUCCCAUUGAUCAUUAUAUUUCUUUUGAUUGUGUUAUAUGCAAUACCUGCCAGUGCAGCCAUUUUGGCACUGUAUAUAGUUAUUACUAUUCUCUUUGCUCUCCCAUCAUUUCUCAUCUUGUACUUUGCAUAUCCUAGUUUGGAUUGGCUUGUCCGAGAAAUUAUCAAUUGAGAUCCUGGGGUUGUACAUUCUUCUGCUUUGCAAGGAUUAAAACCAGACCUGAUGUUUUGAAGUGGAUCGCUAUUAAAAAAGCUAUUAUAUUGUUUCAUGGUCACAUAUAUAUUUUCCUUAAGAUACUGCUUUAUAGUUUUAUUUUUGCUAAUUGUAAUUAUAUAUUACUUCAGUGGUUUAUCCGGUUACAUAAUAAGUAUUGGAUGGCAGCUGCCUGGAAAUGGAAGGUCUUCCAUACUUGUUG